GCCAGACAGGAGGCAUUUAUUGAAAUUAAUUUGCUAUUAAACUCAAGGUUACUAUCACAGAGGGCAGACAAGUUUUGGUACCAAUCACAACAUAUAACAUCAUGUAAACAAGAUCUGUAAGGCCAUUCCUCGCUAGAAAAUGGUCAUGCAUGAGGUAGCAGAGAAGCUUUGUUGGAAUAUGCAAAUGAUGUGAUGGUCAGGUGACAUGCCUUCUCAGAACCGCAGCCAAUCACGGCAGUCCUCCGGCAUGAUGAGAAUGUUUUCAAGGACACGCAUCUGUUUCUUGCUUGUCUGCUGUUGUCUUGCCAUUAUCUUGUGGCUGACUCUAGAGCAAGGUAAGAACUCGGUCGGGGAGGACUUGAAUGCAAGAUGGCUCCAUGCUAAAAUCAUUCCAGAUGCUGAUAUUGAUGUUGAACAUCAUGCUAAUAAAGUUCUAGUGAUGCAGGAUGGUGAAGAUAGCGCAAAGGGAAAGCAUUACCCUGGAAAUGGAAAAGGAAAGAAAACAGAAGACUCCAAGCAGAAUAAAUCAAAGAAGAAGAAGAAGAAAGAGAAAGCACACUAUGAGGAGAUAGAGGUUGUUGAUCUGGGCAUGGAAGCCAAAGAAGCGGAGCAGUGGAUUCAGGAGAAGAUAAAGUUUGGAUAUUGUAAUCCACCAGGAAGAGAAAUACAAGGAGAAGAAGGUAAAUUUAAGUCAGGGUUCGACCUGAAAGCUGUUUACAUGGUAGCUCGUCAUGGCGACAGGACACCUAUGUAUGAAUUUGCAGACCUUCCCAACAGCAACUGGCAUCCGCAGUGGAACUGUGAUCUUAAACAAGCCGUCAAGAAGACCACCUCAGACACCCUCAAGAGGUUUGUUGAUCAAAUGCAGGAUGAAAUCAUCAAAGGGGAAAUGACUGGUGCUCUGGGUACCUUCAAGAGUAUGCCAAUAAAUACCAACGGCAUAUGCAGGAAUUCACAGCUGACACCGAUUGGAUGGCUGCAACACUUGGAGCUGGGAAAGUUCUUCAGGAACAUCUACGGAAGGACUUUGGUCAAGAACCCAGAGUUGCUCCGGAACGUCAGUGUCUUUCAGAGCACCAUGAAUCUGCGGACGCAGCGGAGCGCAUUCGCUUUCAUGUAUAGUUUUCUUGAGAAAGCCACACUGAACGAUACAAUACGGAUUAAGCGGUUACCCAACGUCAACUUCUGUCCUUUGGAUAUGUGCGCCUGCCCGGCUUUAGACCACUUGAUAAAGGCCAAAGAAACAGAGCAUACAAAGAUGAUGAAAGGAAACCCCAAGUUCAUGAACGUGAUGAGAAGCGUAGCGAACACUCUGUAUGGGACAACGCAAACAUCAAAGUUGCCUGGGAUCAACCAGGUGGUGGAAAUCCUGGGAACUUUAGUCUGUCAUAAUAUGCCAUACCCAUAUGGAACAUCGGGUGCCGUGACCCCUAUACAGCAUGCUGUCUAUCACCAGCUCCUUGAGGAAACAUGGGUUUCACAAUCUCGUGCCAAGGGCGGCACGUACGAGAAAGUCGGACGGAUGUUCAUCCAACCAUUGCUCACCGAUAUGGUACGCACCAUGUACAAAGUCACCCAAGGUAGUAAAGCACCUCGCUUUGUCUUCAACUCUGGUCACGACAUCACAAUAAGACCAAUCGUUGAUGGUCUCAAGCUCUCUGGUCCUGGAUGGCCACACUACGCAUCCCGGGUGGUCUUUGAGCUGUGGGGUAAGACAGGGUCAAAGGAACACUUCCUGCGUGUCCUUGCAUACGGGAAGGACCAAACGAACCAAGCUUUGUUCUGUAAGGGGAAGAUGACAGACGAUGGACUGUGUCCUUUCUCAGCUCUACUGUCCUUUGUCGAGAGAGAGAACAUGGAGUAUUUUCAUUCAGAAUCUUAUAGAGAAGCAUGUGCUAGAACUUUCUGACCAAACUAGUUGUGAAACAUAUACUAGCAAAGAUUAACAUAAUAUUGGUCUUGCUCUAUUUCUGUCUAUACUCAUUUCAAGAGUGUUGUAUUUCCUGACCAAAGUAUUUAUGACUUCAACUUGACAAACUUGACAAUCUUUUGGAGUAUUUCUCUUCAAAAUCUUAUCCAGAAUCUUGUACUGGAACUGUGUGACCAAACUUCUUUCAAGAUAAGUCUUGUAUUAGAAUUUCCUGACCAAAGCUUUUAUGGGUAUGAGUCAAAUUGGACAAAGCUUGACAGUCUUUGAGUUAUGUAAUAUAUCAUCAAGAAGAUUGUACAUUUCUUGAAAUCAACAAUGACAAAACUUUGCAAUCUGUUUUUUGGUUGCUCUUGUAGAAUUUCUUUUUCUCAUUUCCAGAAAAGUCUAUGAAAUAUAAUUUGUGACCAAUGUACUGAUGAAAUAACUUGAUAAUCUUUCGGUGGUGACGUACAUUUUUUUUAGACUUAUGUCAAGACUCCUUUAUGCUUACUUACUGAUGAAACUUCUCUAAUGAGACCAACUCAUAAAAAUAGUAAAUGGUUGUUCAAUUCAAAAGCUGGAAAUACCCAUCUGGAGGGAGUUUUACCAAUUAUCAGUUUGCUUCUUUGGCAGCCAUUUUGGCUGCUGAGUGACUUACAAAGCAAGUCCUGCCUAACACUCCUGCUAUUGAAUUUAACAGUGAUGUAUUGUGAUUUUUGACUGGAUGAGGGGAAAAAUUUACGUUGGUUCAUUCUUGCCAAAAAUGUGAAAACUCCAUUUUCAAUUGUGUUUGUGAAAUAUUUCUGUUAUGACCCAUGUCAAAAUGCUUGUACUGGAAGUACUAGAAGUUUAGUGAUCAAACUAUUUACGAAACAAACUUCAUAUUCUUGACAUUCUGUAGGUCUUGAAUGAUAUUUAUUCAGACUUUUGCUUUAUGUGUUGUUUUUAAACUUGAACAUGUUAAUAUAUUUAUGUUCAUACUUGUUCCAAGAAGCAAUAUCACAGUGCUUUUAUGUACUGGCCAACAUUAUACCAAACUAGCAAUAAUCUUUGGGGGGAAUUAAGUGAACAAAAAUUGCUUUCUGGUUUGCAAUUGUCCCAGAUCGGAAUCUAAUUUUCUGAUAAUUGAAGGCAGGGAAUUGUCAAACAUUUCAAACAGAAAUUAUGGAAUUUUUGUGGUCCCAAGAACUGAAAUUCUUUUUUGUAUGGCAUAGAUGUGGUUCAGUGGAUAAGUAUCCAGCCUCUAAAUCACUGGGUUCCUAGUUCAAAUCUUUGCUGCAGCGUUAAUGUCCUUUGGCAAGACAGUAAUCUACAUUUAAGAUAAACCUGCACCUGCCAGGAAUCAAUUCCUUGAAAUUCUUGCCAAAACAGGAGAACUUGACUUCUCUUGUAGAACUAGGUUUUUUCAACAAUAGGUGAACUUGCCUACCGAGUGUGAUUUAUAUGUACCAUUUGUAACAGGUGUUUUUGUGUGCAAAUAAAAAUGAAAUAAACAUUUACCAAAAAACGAAACUACAGCAAAGAAACAAAUACGCACUUGUAGGUCUUAGACUGAACUAUCAUUUGAAAAAAGUAGCUGGAAUUUAAAAGUUGAGCAUUAUUCGCUGGUGUAUUUAGCAGGUCUAUGUGCUAUACUUCUAUUUUUUUUGUAAGCUUUGAUUCUUUAAUUGGGCGUUAUUUGAAAUAGUAUUUAGGGUCCACACAAAGAAUUGUUUCUCUCUGCAUUAUACACUUUAAUAAUAUGACAAAUUAGGUAUAGCAUUGUGGAUUUAAUUCAAUAUAUCUGUUCUCCAAACUGAAAAAUAUAAAAAUGGAUAAAAUAUGUAGAAUGCACAGAUUUGAAUACAUAAUUCUUAGGUAAAUUUUCAUUAGAAAUGAGUUUCAGUGUUUUGGGAGUAUUAUUUAAUUUGUUGAAUGUAAUACAAAUUGAUUAUUCUGUUAGUCUUAUUUUUAAGGAGAAUAUACAAUUGAGGGUUUUAGUGUAC